AAAACUCUUAGAAGCAAUUGUCAGAUCAUUAAACGCAUUUUAAUUAUGAUGCACAUUUGGUUUGGAGCAGGAGCUGGCGCUCACUGACUGAAGGACUACACCUAAUCGAAAGGUGAUUAAAAAUACAGUAGUCUUUAUUCUCAUUUAACGUUAGGCUUAUUAUAGAUAAACACACAGCAAGAAAAAUCACGAACAUUAAAAAAAGUACCCGCAAUUGGAGAUGGCAGCAAUCCUCUGGAUAAGAGUUGCUGGUAUUUUGGUUACAGUAUCUGCUUUAUCGCGCAAGGUAUGGGCAGAUGGCAGUGAUGGAGCUGUGUUCCUUCGAGAGUUCACACUGAUCCGGAGAGAUAAUCUUCAAGAUGAAUCCCUGUCGGAAAUCUUGGCUAAUCACAAAUCCGAAGAUCUUAGUUCACGGACUGCCCGCUCGGAGGAGGACAGGGACUCCCUUUGGGAUGCUUGGGGCCCCUGGAGUGAAUGUUCGAGGACCUGUGGGGGUGGAGCCUCAUACUCACUACGACGAUGCCUCAGCAGCAAGAACUGUGAAGGGCGGAAUAUCAGAUACAGAACAUGCAGCAAUGUGGACUGCCCUCCAGACUUGGGUGAUUUCCGAGCACAGCAGUGCUCUGCCCACAUUGACGUCCGGUACCUGGGGCAGUAUUAUGAGUGGCUGCCUCUUUACAAUGACCCCGAGAACCCUUGUGCGCUCAAGUGCAAGGCUAAAGGGACAGCACUGGUGGUGGAGCUGGCACCUAAAGUACUUGACGGCACCAGGUGCUACACGGAGUCAUUGGACAUGUGCAUUAGUGGCGCUUGUCAGAUUGUUGGCUGUGACCAUGAACUGGGAAGCACCGCGAAGGAAGACAACUGUGGAGUGUGCAAUGGAGACGGCUCUACCUGCCGGCUUGUCAGAGGACAGUAUAAAUCCCAGCUCUCAACAAAUAAAAUGGAGGACACUGUCAUUGCAAUCCCGUAUGCAAGUCGACAUGUCAGACUGGUACUGAAGGGACCUGAUCACUUGCAUUUAGAAACUAAGACUCUACAAGGUCAGGAAGGAGAGAACAGCCUCAGCACUACCGGGUCUCACCACAUUGACAACACAACUGUGGACUUCCAGAAGUUUCCAGACAAGGAGAUACUAAGGAUGAGUGGCCCUCUUGGUGCAGACUUCACUGUCAAGAUCCGUUACGUCAGUGCUUCAGACAGCAUAGUCCAGUUCAUCUUCUACCAGCCCAUUAUCCAUCGCUGGAGGGAAACAGAUUUCUUUCCAUGCUCAGCCACUUGUGGUGGGGGCUACCAGCUGACCUCCGCUGAGUGCUUUGACCUGCGCAGUGAACGUGUGGUAGCUGACCAGUAUUGCCACUACUACCCUGAAAAUGUCAAACCGAAACCAAAGCUUCGAGAGUGUAACAUGGACCCCUGUCCAGCCAGUGACGGCUACAAGGAGAUCAUGCCCUAUGACCUCUACCACCCCCUACCACGAUGGGAGAGCAGCCCGUGGACAGCUUGCUCCAUAUCUUGUGGCGGGGGGAUCCAGAGGCGCACUGUGUCCUGCGUGGAGGAAGACAUCCAGGGCAACAUAACCCCCGUGGAGGAGUGGAAGUGCAUGUACACCCCCAAGAUACCAAUCAUCCAGCCCUGCAACAUCUUUGACUGCCCCAAGUGGCUUGCACAGGAGUGGUCCCCGUGUACAGUGACGUGUGGCCAGGGCCUCCGCUACAGAGUGGUGCUCUGUAUCGAUCACAGGGGACUGCAUGCGGGAGGCUGCAACCCUAAGACCAAGCCUCACAUUAAAGAGGAGUGCAUCGUUACUAUUCCCUGCUACAAACCAAAAGAGAAGCUCCCGGUGGAGGCGAAACUGCCCUGGUUCAAGCAGGCUCAGGAGCUGGAGGAGGGAGCAGCUGUGACCGAGGAACCCUCGUGA